GUGAGCACCCUGCAGCUUAAUCAUCAUCAACUUUGUUCCCCCACAGGGUGACUUUGGCGACGUAGCCGAGCGAGUCCAGAUAAGGAACAGUCUGCAAUGUCACUCCUUCCACUGGUACCUCACGAAUAUACUGCCGGAGGUCAAGAAAAAGAUAGACGAAUAUGGGACAUACUCCGGAUUUAUCCAACUGGCCUCACUCGGGCUGUGCAUUGACAGGAUGCAGAUGAGGUCCGUCAAACUGCUCAGGUGUAACCUCCAAUGGCGUCUGACAGAUGACGGCCAGCUGAUGUCCGGAGAGUUUGUCAUCGGCUUGUCCCUGGCCACCAAAAACUCUCCCCAACAGUUCAAGAUCUUCAAACUCUCGAAAGCCUCUAACGUGAAGACUCUGUGGCGCUAUGACCAU